UGUUUUUAGGUGUCAGUUAUUUUGCUUUUUUAGUACUUAUGUUCUACAAGGUUCUGCUUUUGUUGCUCUUGAGCAUUUUAUUAAAAGAUGACACUAAAGAUGGAGGAAAGCAGUAAAUACUUGUUUUACUACUGGUAGAAUGACAGAUGAGAGCUAUAUGAGCAUAUAAAUGGUGGAAUCUUCCAAGUCUGCUAAAUGCCCCUCAAAGGCUCUUUUCUACUCAUUGUUCACAAAUGAAAAGGCUGUAGCACUUUUGGCCCUUUUUUUCAGUAAAAAUUGACAGGGCAUAAUAUGCUAGUUCAGCAUUACCUGAUGGGAACAAUGAGUCCACAGAAGCUGGAGAGUUAGCGCACUAAUUAGACCUGCAGAUCUGUACUCAUCAAGUAUGUUAACAUAAAAGCAUCCACCAGGAUGGAGAAUUGACGGACAUAAACAUUCCUCAUUUUUUAGAUGUAGAUUGAACUGUGAUUCACUUGUUAAUGCUUGCAAUAACACUCUUUUCGAAGGAUUCUGGUGGAUUAGAGGUGAAAUAACUUUCCAUAGAUAAUAAGCGAUCCUCAUUUUUGGCUGUUUGGUUUUUUACAGAACAGCAAUGAACAUUUUAAUUUUGGUCACUUUUUUUUAUAAGCUUUGUCCAACCUAGAUAAGUGUAGAGCCUCAACUUAAGGGAUCAGUUUUUAGGAAUAACUUGUCCCACAAGUGGCAAAAAGUCUGCACCAAGAUUCUCCAGAGGGUUCCAGCACUACAUUAUGCCGCCACACCCUCCAAGAUUAUCUCCCUAACUGGCAUCUCCACAGGAAGAUUCUCCAUAUUAUAUUAUUACCAACCAUGGAUUUUGGUGGCCCCUAUUUCACUGCAUAGUGCCAGAAUGGCCAGAAUGAGUGUUAUUAGUUCAUCUUCUUUACCGGAGCAUCUCAGCUUUGUGUAUAAGGGAGCCGGACCCCCAUCCCAAAUACCUCACUAAAGAUCAGCAGCAGAAGAAAUUUUCAUUGUUCAUCGGUCAUCAGUACUGUUGGCAGCUGGAGAAGAAGGCCACAACAGCAGCCAUGAGUACCAUGAAGUUUUGCCGUGAGUGCAAUAACAUACUGUACCCAAAGGAAGACAGGGAGAAGAAGAUCCUUCUUUUUGCCUGCCGCAACUGUGAUCAUCAGGAGGUUGCUGAUAACAACUGUGUAUAUAGAAAUGUGAUACAUCAUUCUGUUGGUGAGUUUGCACAAGUCCUACGCGAUGUAACAGCUGAUCCAACUCUUCCCCGUACAAAGUCAGUUAAGUGUGCUCUCUGCAAUCAUCAAGAAGCGGUUUUCUUCCAGGCUACCACGAGGGGGGAGGAAGGCAUGACACUGUUCUUUGUCUGCUGCAACCCAAGUUGUGGCCAUAGAUGGAGAGAUUGAUGAAUCGAUAUUUUUCGCACAUUAACUACGAGUUACUGUCACCAAAGUAAGCCAAGAAAAAAUAAAGAUACAUUGUGGUGUUCUAGAACUACCUAACUUGAAUCUCAACGUACAAUCAAUUUAACUUGUA